AUGAUCCCGCAGGACGCCAUCGCAGAGCUGCAGCGGUACACGGCGUGCGACGUCUCCGACGCCCUGCUCAAGCUCAACGUCCCCGGCGCGGGCUUCGUCGCCGACCUCAGGGCCUAUGGCGGCGCCCCGGGCUCCGACGCCGAUACCUCCUCCGCCGUCACCGCCGCGCCCGUCUCCACGAUCCUCUUCGCCGCAAAGGGCGGGCCCCCGCCUGCCGAGCCGCCCGUCAGCAACGUGCCCAAGGACGCGCACUGGGCCGACCUCGCCCGCGAGGGCACCCUCGUCUUCAUGCAGCAGCCGCCCGGCCAGACAAACGCCGUCUGCGGCGGCAUCAUGGCCCUGCGCAUGAAGGUCCGCGGCGUCAGGGGCAUCGUCGUCGCCGGCCGCGUGCGCGACCUGCCCGAGCUGCGGAGCACCAACCUGCCGAUCUGGGCCUACGGCACCUCCACCGUCGGCUCCGGCGGCGGCAGCGUCCCCUGGGCCCUCGACGCGCCCCUCUCCAUCAACGGCACCGCCGUCCGCCCCGGCGACGUGGCCCUGCACGACCCCGUCAACGGCGUCGUCGUCGUCCCCCGCGACAAGCUCGACGCCGUGCUGGAGCUGCUGCCGCGCCUGACGGCCGCCGACGACAGGGUCAAGGAGGACGUGCUCAGGGGCGUGUCCGUGUACGACGCGUUUAAGCUGCACCGGGGUUGA